UGUUUUUAUCUGCUACAAUAACAACAUGUGUUUAAAUUCAACAUCAACCUGAAUGGUUUAUUACAAUGAACAUCAAAAUUCUGUUUCAUUUUCAGCCUUCAAUUUGAUUUUAUUGCUCUCCAAUCAUGUUAAUUUCAAUUAUUCGAUCUCAACUCUGCAUUGAGUCUUGUAUUCAUAAAUCUUAUCGUACAGAUAUUAAGAAAUUUAUUUACACUGGUCAAAGGUAUCUUCAUCAGAAAUCUCCUCUAGAUAAUGAUCGUUCUAUAGAAAGGACAAGACCCGAGAAUCAAACAUAUUCAUCUCAGUGGAAAGGCUUUUGGUACCCUUCAACAGCAAAGUUAUACAAAUUUGACAACAUAAAGCCUGAUGAAUGGACCUUAGUUUAUCGUCUCAAAUGGUCAACUAAACUACUAUACUCUAUUGUAUAUAUGCAAUUCGCUUUAUUAACUAGUCUAAUUGUGGUUUUACACAAGGUUUUUAUCAAGAAAGAAAAAAUACACAAAGCUCCGGUUGAAGAUGAAGAUUAUUUUCGUAUUAUUUUGGUUGGUAUUAGCUUAAUGAUUUGUGGACUUGCAUUUUUAAUCAUUAGAUCAUUUUCAAAAGUUGUUUUACGAGGAUAUUAUUCACAAAAAUAUCAAAGAUUCUUGUUUAUUCGACCAACUUUAAUGCAACCCUGGCAGAUACGAAAAGUUAUCUGUGCUCCUGGUCUAUUAGAGCCUAUCCCUGAAUCAAGCUCAAUGCUUAUUGAACCAAAUUUCAAGAUCAAAGAUACCAAAAUUUUAUUGUUCGAGAAUAAUUUUUUUUAUCCUACUUAUUUCAAUGUUUUGAGUGGUUUCACAGGCUCUCAUUCCAUUGAAAAUAUUCGUUUCGACCCGGAUUCAUUAUUUUGGCAAUCUAUGAAGAAGUCUUCCAGAGAUUGAACUACUUUAAGCUUUUUUGGAAAAUUUCAUAUUGUAAAUUUAAUAGAAAUAACUUAAUUAUAAAUGCAAUGUUUUACAAUGUCAAAAGCCAAGUUAUAUUGAUAUUUAAUAAAUACAAUAUGGUUAAGCAAAAUAACCAUUAAUAUGGCAAAGA